AUGCGAAGCAGCAGUGAGGUUAGCUGCAGUCGCCAGGCGGCUAAAGUCAGGGCGGGGACCUCGGGCAUCAGGCUGCGAGGAGGGGUUUGGGAGGGGGGAAACGGAGCUGCUGCCGCCGCAGCGAGCCCUGCCGGCACAUCUUCCCUUGCUCUUCCGGAGCUCCCCACGCUGCUGCCCCUGCAGGGCCCUUGGGGCGUGUGGACGGGGCUGGUGCUGGCCGGCGCGCUGGGGCUGUGGUCUGAGAGGACCCGGCUGGGCAAGGAGCUGAACGGGGCCCUUGUAUCCACCCUGUGCGGCAUGUUCCUGGCCAACGUGGGCUUGCUCCCCCCUGCCGCCCCCGAGCUGCAUGUCGUGUACAAGUACCUGCUGCCACUCGCCAUACCCAUGCUGCUGUUCGCCGCGGACCUGAGGAGGGCCACACUUUCGAUGGGUGCCGCGGUCACGCCGGUGGCCUCCGCCCUAACCGCUCGUCACAUCGGGGGCGCUGUGAACUACAUGGCGGUUUCGGAGGCCCUUUCGCUCUCCCCGUCCACAUUCGGGGCGGGACUGGCCGCGGACGACCUCAUCCUCACAAUCUACUUCGUCACCAUCUACUACCUGGCGAGGAACAUACCGCCGGACGCAGCGGCGGCGGCGGCGACGGGAGCGGGGACGGGGGCGGGUGCGGGAGCGAUGGCGGCGACGACGACGACGACGACGACGGCGGCAGAGCAGCAGCAGCCGCGCCCAGCACCCGCGGAGGAGACGGGGGCGAUUUCGGGGCCAUCAGCCGGAGGGCAUGGCGGUGCUGGCAGCGGCAAAGUGAUCACGGUCCCGGAGGGUUUAGCCGCCCUCUCCAUCUCCGCGGCCGUGUGUUACGUGUGCGUGUCGGCCGCCCGCGUGUGGGGUAUUCCCGGCCAGUCCAUCACCCUCAUCACCGCGCUCACCGUGGCGCUGGCGACGGCGGCUCCCCGCCAGCUGGCGCCCCUGGUGCCCUCCGCGGAGGGGCUGGCGCAGCUGCUGAUGCAGAUUUUCUACGCCACCAUCGGCGCCUCAGCCAACGUGGCUCUGGUGGUUCAGACCGCCCCCGUGCUGUUCCUCUUCUCAGCCCUGGCCCUGGGGGCGCAUCUGGGGUUGCUGCUGCUGGGGGGGAGGCUGGCGGGGUUCAGUAUGCGGGAGCUGCUGCUGGCGUCGAAUGCCAACAUCGGAGGUCCCUCCACGGUGGCGGGUAUGUCGGCUGCCAAGGGUUGGAGCUCCUCCGUGGUCCCCGGCAUCCUGACCUCCACUUUGGGAUACGCCAUCGGGACGUUCCUAGGGAUGGGGCUGGGCUACUCGGCACUGAGGCACGUAGGGUGAAGGAGGAGGUGGAGGUGGUGGGAAGGAUGGGGGUCAGAUGGAAGAGGAGGAGGAGGUGCAGCAGCACGGGGAUUGAGCGAUGCGGUUGAUAGUACUGGUGAUGGUGGUAGUAGUCCCCAAACGACGGAAAAUGUUUGGAAAGAGGGAGAGUUGUGCUGGGUGGCGUGCCAGAGAGCGUGCGACGAGAGCGAGCGUGUCGCCCUAUUAGGAUUAGGCUUCCUGUUUCCUCGUCCUCGUUGUGAUGCGAUGAGGGCGGUUCUGAAAGGUACAGUACAUACGGACUUGUUCGUCUUCUGACCUGUGAUUUUGUUAUGUGUGGAUAUCCUAUUUUUUUUCCACCAACAUUUCGCAGUUCUCCAUCCGUCCAGCGACGCGUUCGAAGGUCUUGAAUGAACAUUUAGGAGAUGCUGAGACAACGGCGGUGAUGCCGAAACACAAUUUUCAACCGCUUUGUUACAUGAAAUUUAUUGUACCGUCCUUUUACAG